ACCGUCUCUGGUCUCGCUAUCUCUACAGGUGUUUUCCAAGAGGUCCCAACGGAAAGCAUCCGAACGUGAAACGUGUGCUUCCAAAGGGAAGAAUCAUAGUGCCAAGAUGCGAAUGUUUAUUGUCCCCUGCUGCCUAGCUCUGCUGGUAGCAUGCGCUACUGCCGAGAGCAAAGACCAGCUGGCGGCAGAGGAUCAGAACGUCGCUGCCAGUGAGAGAAGCGUAGAAGCUGAGCUAAUACAGGACCGUGAUCUGGAAAAGCGAGGAAUUCCGCUAGGGGAUUGGAGUUCUGUUCAGGAGCAACACCAAGCGCUGCCGCUGCACCAGCCACAGUAUGAAUCGCACCAAGUGCAGGAAUCUCAUUCGAGCAACGAUUUCCUCUCGCACUAUGGCUCGCAGCCACAAUACAGUCACCAGCCCCAGCAGCACCUUCACCAACCGUCCUACUAUCAACAUCAACCGCAACAGCAGACCUUCUACCAAGCCCACGCCCAACAGCAUGAAGCACCACAAUACCAAGUUGGUCAGCACAUGCACUUGAUUCACUUCCCACAACAGCAAAUGCAUCACUACCAACCGGAGCCACAGCACCAUGAAGAAAUUAAGACCGUGACUAUCGAAAAGAAGGUUCCCGUACCAUACACCGUCGAAAAGCACGUCCCAUACACUGUUCACAAAAAGGUGCCCUAUGAAGUGAAGGUCCCAAUUCCACAGCCCUAUGUUGUUGAGAAGAAGGUCCCGUACACCGUGAAGGAAUACGUCAAGGUCAAGGAAUACGUCCCGGAGCCAUACACCGUCUACACCAAGGUUCCAUAUGAGGUUAAGGUUCCGGUCGACAAGCCAUACAAGGUUGAAGUUCCAGUGCCAAAGCCGUACGUAGUUGAGAAGAAGUACCCGGUCGAAGUUAAGGUCCCAGUUCCAGUUCCAUACACCGUUGAAAAGAAGGUCCCAUACGAAGUCAAGUACGAAGUGCCAGUUCCAAAGCCCUACACAGUCAUCAAGAAGGUCCCUUAUGAGGUGAAGGUCCCAGUCGACAGGCCAUACAAGGUCGAAGUGGAGAAGCCUUAUCCAGUGGAGGUGAAGAAACCGUACCCAGUUUACGUCGAAAAGAAGGUUCCAUACGAAGUCAAGGUCCCAGUUGAUAAGCCGUACAAGGUUGAGGUGCCAAAGCCAUACAAGGUCGAAGUCAAGGUCCCAGUGCCAACUCCAUACACCGUUGAGAAAAAAAUCCCAUACACCGUGGAAAAGCCCGUCCCCUACCAGGUGAAGGUCGAGAUCAACCGCCCAGUCCCGGUGUACAAGGAAGUCAAAUUCCCUGUAAUCAAGGAAGUGCCACACCCAGUUAAGGAGAAAUACAUCGUGCCAGUGCCAGUUAAGCAUGAACCGGUUCACCAGCUCAGCCACAGCUACGGCCAAGAAUCGCACUAUCAGCCUCAACAGCAUGAGAAUCUGCAGCCUCUGCAUAGCCAGCCCGAAGUGCAGUACACCCAGGACCAGACCCACUACCAGCAGCAGGCUCAUGAACAGCAGCACUGAGACCCUCGGACUCAUCGCUUGGGUGUGACCUUGUUGGCUAUUUCGCUCCUCCUUUGUGAUAAUAGUAAAUGUAUAUAACACGCGAGUAUUAAAAUCUUGGAACAGCUUGUCUAGCCGCCAAGAUAAAUGGACUGAAUACUCGAAAAACGCUGAACCUCGUCAGAACGAUUACUGACUUUGAGUAUUUCGGCAACCUAAUGCAGUAGUUGUUCCGAUGGAUCAGCUUUUUCUAGUCGUAUUGAACAAACGCCAAACUUCGUUAUUUCGUUCGUAAAAUAGAGAUGCUUCUUCUAUGUGUUGUUGUUGAAUAGUCGUGUAACAUGAUUGAAUAAUAAUUCGUUAAAAAAAUCAA